GCGCUUUGGCCGCGGGACCAGGCGCUAGGCUCCUGGCCCGGCCCGGGGGCGCGGCGCGCCCAUGGGCAGCGCCGAGAACCGCAGCGACGGCUCGGAGGGCGCGGGGGAGCCGCCGUGGGCCGAGCUGCUGCCUUGCGACGAGCGCCGUUGCUCGCCCUUCCCCCUGGGGGCGCUGGUGCCAGUGACCGCCGUGUGCCUGGGCCUGUUCGCCGUCGGGGUGAGGGGCAACGCGAUGACGGUGCUGCUGAUCGGGCGCUACCGGGACAUGCGGACCACCACCAACUUGUACCUGGGCAGCAUGGACGUGUCCGACCUGCUCAUCCUGCUCGGGCUCCCCUUCGACCUGUACCGCCUCUGGCGCUCCCGGCCCUGGGUGUUCGGGACGCUGCUCUGCCGCCUCUCGCUCUACGUGGGCGAGGGCUGCACCUACGCCACGCUGCUGCACAUGACGGCGCUCAGCCUCGAGCGCUACCUCGCCAUCUGUCGCCCGCUCCGAGCCCGCGUCCUCGUCGCCCGCCGCCGCGUCCGCGCGCUCAUCGCCGCGCUCUGGGCCGUGGCGCUGCUCUCCGCCGGGCCCUUCUUCUUUCUGGUGGGCGUCGAGCAGGACCCCGGCCGCUACGCGGUCCAGGACCUUAACGGCAACGCGCAGCUCGCCCCCUCGCCCCGCACCUCGCCGCCACCGCCACUCCUCGGGUCCUCGCGGGCGCCACCGCUGUCCCUGCCGUCGGGGCCCGAGGCGGCGGCGGCCGCGGCGCUGUUCAGCCGGGAGUGCCGGCCGAGCCCGGCGCAGCGGGGCGCGCUGCGCGUCAUGCAAUGGGUCACCACCGCCUACUUCUUCCUGCCCUUCCUGUGCCUCAGCGUCGUCUACGGGCUCAUCGGGCGGGAGCUGUGGAGGAGCCGCGGGCCGCUGCGAGGCCCGGCCACCUCCGCUCGGGAGAAGGGACACCAGCAGACGGUCCGCGUCCUGCUGGUGGUGGUUCUGGCGUUUAUAGUUUGCUGGCUGCCUUUCCACGUUGGCAGAAUCAUUUUCAUAAAUACCAAAGAUUCCCGGAUGAUGUACUUCUCUCAGUACUUUAACAUUGUUGCCCUGCAACUUUUCUAUCUGAGCGCCCCCAUCCUCUACAACCUCAUUUCAAAGAAGUAUAGAGCAGCGGCCUGGAAACUGCUGCUAGCCAGGCGGUCCAGACAGAGAGGUUUCUGCAGAAGCAGGGAGGCUGAGGGGGACCCUGGAGGAGACACGGUUGGCUGCACCGAGACCAGCGCUAAUGUACAGACACGGGCAACCAGCACGGCCAAACACAGCGCCUCAUCCCAUAGCUCUGGGACUUAA